AAGUCAUCAUCAAGCAUGCCUUCCAUUGACGAUAAACCAAUAAGUUGGGCAGAACAGGUGGAGCAAGUGGAAGAUGGAGUCUUACCACCAUCUUCAGAGCAGUAUGAUGAUGAGAAAGGCAUAAAAGUAAUCACAGAAUUCAAGUAUAAUGAUGAUGGCAAAAUGGUCAAGGUUCUUAAAACAUACAAAGUUGAAAAGCGAAAGGUACCUAAAAGCAUUGCAAAAAGAAAGACCUGGAGAAAGUUUGGGGCAGCAGAGAGAGAUCCCCCUGGACCCAAUCCAGCCAACACCAUUGUACAAGUAGAGGAGAUUAACAUGCAAUUUGUCCAUAAUAAGGAGGAGACAGUGGAACAAGAAGAGGACCCAUUACUGAAGUUGAAAAGCCAGAAACUGGUCUCCUGUCGUAUCUGUAAAGGCGACCACUGGACCACAAAAUGUCCGUAUAAGGAUACACUGGGACCUCUUCAGGAGAAGCUUCAGGAUGGAGAGAAGCCUCCAGUGGGGGAGACACCGGGAGGACCAGUACAAAGCCAGGCACCUGCUGCAGCGGCCCCCAAAACAUCGGGAAAAUAUGUUCCUCCAAGUCUGAGAGACGGAGGGGGUAAAAGACCAGGGGAAACUAUGGCCUCAAAAAGGGACGAGUCUGCCACCAUUCGAGUUACGAAUCUGUCCGAGGACACCAGGGAGUCAGAUUUACAGGAACUCUUCAGACCGUUUGGACCCAUUCAGAGAAUUUACUUGGCGAAAGACAAAAAUACAGGCCAGUCAAAGGGAUUUGCAUUCAUUAACUUCCACAGAAGAGAAGAUGCUGCCCGGGCUAUAGCUGGUGUGUCAGGCUUUGGCUAUGAUCACCUCAUCCUCAAUGUGGAGUGGGCCAAACCCUCCGGCACCAACUAAUUUGCAAAAGAUCCUAUUUAUUGUAAAGUUGCUGAUGGCAUAUUGACUGGAAAUUAAUUUGGAUUAAUUCGUAAUUCUGAAGAUUUAUAAUUAAAAAAAGUAUUCAUUAAA